AUGGCUCCAAGAACAGUAUUGAUCACUGGUGCUAACCGAGGAAUCGGUUUGGGACUUGUUAGAACUUAUUUGAAGAACCAAGACAUCAAGCAUAUUUUCGCAACCAGCAGAAAACCUUCCGAAGCUAAAGAAUUGAACGAAAUCAAGGAUCCUCGCCUCCACCAUCUUCAACUUGAUGUUCAGGAUGAUGAAUCCAUCAAGAAAGCUCUUGCUCAGGUUGAAAAUAUAGUUGGAGAAGAUGGUUUGACUCUUCUCAUCAACAAUGCUGGAAUGUACUCCAAAUAUGGAACAGAGAAAGAAAUAAACCGCUCUAUCAUUAACAACAUUUUGGAUGCAAAUGCCGUUUCUGUUGUAAUUAUGAUUCAAUACUUCCUCCCUCUUCUCAAGAAAGCAUCCGCCCUGGAUACUUCAGAAAAGUUUUCAACUGAUCGUGCUGGUAUUGUUAAUAUUUCAUCUGGCAUGGGAUCGAUAGGUGAUAACACAACGGGAUCUGGAGAAAUCGACGUUCUCGCAUACCGUAUGAGCAAGACAGCUGUUAAUUCUAUCACAAAAACGAUAUCCAUUGAUUUGAAGAAAUAUCACAUUUUAGUCGCCUGUUUCUGCCCUGGUUGGGUAAAAACUGACAUGGGGGGACCGAAUGCUGCAUUGACGAUUGACCAGAGCAUGGACCAGCUAGUUCCUUCCAUCUCAAAGUUGGACGAUUCUCACACUGGUGGAUACUUUAAAAUAAACCUUGACGUUAUUCCAUUUUAA